AUGGUUGUUGGUUGCGGGAUAUGCGGAAAGGAACGGGCAAUCAUGAAGAACAUAUUGUCAAUUGCAAAGGUGCAGCCGGAUGUUAGAGGGUGGACGGCAUUGAUACAAGAAGUCGCAUUGAUACAAGUCGUCGAACGGGGUCAUAUACUUGUGAGUCAGAAGGACCCAACUGUCUCCUACCGCAAGUUUCUAUUUGUUGAUGUGGAGGGGACAAAAGUAUCGGCUGUGGCGUACAACAACAACAUAAGGCCAUCUUCAACGCUCUUGCUGCCGUUUAAAAGAUACUAUGUUUCUGGAGCUACCUUGAAGAGGGUUGAUGAGAAAUACCGGGUUGGGGACUAUGAGUUCUCUUGGACCAUCACUAACACCACAUUAAUCCAGCCAUGUGAAGAACAGAUUGUGCCUCAGAUGUACGGCCACAUUGAAUUGCAACAAUUCGCAAUCUACAUCGUUUUGCUGAUACAGAUAACCUACAAAGUAAAUGUUCUUGGUGUUGUGGCAUACGCGUUUGAAGAGAAGCAGAUUGGGUUUGAUUCGGUCAAUAGAGAUAUUUUGAUUGUUAAUGAAGAGAAUAUGCCAAUCAUGUUAACACUAUGGAAUGAUUUUGCCACUACCGAAGGUGCUCAACUUGCUACUGCCAUUAAUGUCGGCAAUGUCAUUCUCGCCAUGCGUGUUAGGGUGACAACUUAUAAUGGCAUUUCACUGUCCACUCGGGCUCAAAGCGCUAUUAUGAUAAAUCCACCUUUGCCUGAAGUCACAACACUUAAACAGUGGUACAUUACCAACAAGGUUGAGAUUGGACAGUUGAUAUUUGCCGGAGCUUAUAAGGAUAUUUCCGCAUUGUUGCUCCCUCCAAUGCCUGAUAGGAUUAUCACUCUCCAAACAUUAAUAGAUCCUGAGCGCAACGAUUCGUUCCCCGGGUCGAUCUCUCAAGGAAGGCGGUUCGGAAUUCUGCUUCGGUAUUGA